UGCGUAGAAUGUUAAGGGUAGUUAAUGAAUAAUGAACAGGAAGGGGUGUGAAAUAAAGCGUAAUAAACCCUAAAUUUGCCAGGAGGAACUGAGAGAAACCAAAAUAAAUUCAAGAUAUGUGGUUUCUGAGAGAUCAGAACCGCCAACCCCUAGAAUUAUGACUCAGGAUUGCUAACCACUCAACCUCAACGCCCAGUUACGUACGGAUAUUUUAUGUUCGUGUAAGUAUAAAAUGCUAUUUCCUUUGUUUAAGGUGCCAGAAAAACCCGAAUCCCAGACGUCGGCUUGGCAUCUUCGUGCAUUGGAACAACAAAGAUCUCUGCCCGUCGUGGCCGGUCGUUGCUUUCAGCUACUAAUGUUGACGUGACAAAACCACAAUCCAGUGAACAUAACAUGAAACUAAACAAUGAAAAUCGUUACUCGGAGUUUACGAAACCACCAUACACAUACACUGAACUGAUUGAAGAAGCUCUUCAAGAGAAAGGAGAGCUUACGGUAUCUGAAAUCUACCAGUGGAUUUCGGAACACUUUCCAUACUACAAGGCGAAUGAUGAUAGAUGGAAGAAUUCAGUCCGACAUAAUUUAUCAAUCAGCCCACAUUUCCGGAAAGGUCGCAAAGCACCACAUGGAGCAGGUCACCUUUGGACAACUGCAAACAAAUAUGAAAAUUUCAAGACAACCCUAGUUAUUCAUUUUAUCAGUGUCGGAAAAAGAAUGCUGCAGCCUCCAAUACAUUACGGAGUGUGUAUUAAGCACGAGAAAAGGAUAAAAUCUAUUUAUUGGGGUAGUGUUGUUUUUUUGAUGACGUUUCAAAUACAGCCAUACGAAACUCAACGUCUAAUCCGCAUCUACCAUUGCUCACACACAGGGCGUUCAUAUUAUAAGGAAACAAGACAGCAUCAGUUCAUGUCUAACAUUACAACAUUAGAUGAAGUUGAAAAAGCCACAGCCAGUAUACAGGAUGAGGAAAAUCAAGAUGUUCAUAAGGAAGUGUUGCUUUCUAUUACUGAUGAAAACUGUUCUGCUGAAGAGAUUCUCAGUGGAAUCAAAAAGAAUGUUGAGGUACAAUACCUCACUCCUCUAACAGAAACGACAUCUCCAAAGGAAACAGAUUUUCUGAACCCAGUGUCAAAGGAUGUAGCCAUAGAAGAAUCAGGUCUACUUGAGGAAGUGCCCGACAUAGAUUCUUCCCAUCUGCUAAGUGACCUAAAUUCAGCCACACUUUUGCAAACCAUGAGUGAAGCAGAAGUCGGCACAUUUGAUACUAUAUUUUCUGACGAGAUAGACUUCCAGUAUUAUGAACUCUCAUCCCCACCACCACAAUUACAAACUGAAAAAGUAAGCAGUGCAAUGUAA